AUUCCCUCGGCGGGCCGAGCCGCCUGUCCCUCCCUCCCCUCCUCCUCUCUUUCCCACCCCUCGGAGAGGAGCUGCACAUGAGGCUGCUCCCUGCUGGGUCCCGCCCAGCCUCCGUCGCGCAGGAACGGGUCCCUGCAGCCCCCAGCCGAUGGCAGGACAGUAGCCGCCUGUCAGGGGUCGCGAAGGGCUGAGGCAGACGCGGCGGCUCCCGGGCCUCAGAGAGUGGGUGUCUCCGGAGGCCAUGGGCUACCCCGAGGUGGAGCGCAGGGAACCCCUGCCCGCGGCAGCGCCGCGGCAACGCGGGAGCCAGGGCUGCGGCUGUCGCGGGGCCCCUGCCCGGGCGGGCGAAGGGAACAGCUGCCGGCUCUUUCUGGGUUUCUUUGGCCUCUCUCUGGCCCUCCACCUGCUGACGUUGUGCUGCUACCUAGAAUUGCGCUCCGAGUUGCGGCGGGAACGGGGAGCUGAGUCCCGCUUCAGCGGCCCCGGUACCCCUGGCACCUCGGGCACCCUGAGCAGCCCCGGUGACUUCGACCCCGACGGUCCCAUCACCCGCCACUUCGGGCAGCGGUCCCCGCAGCAGCAGCCGCUGGAGCCGGGAGAAACUACGCUCCCCCCAGACUCCCAGGAUGGUCACCAGAUGGCCCUUGUGAAUUUCUUCAUCCCUAAAGAAAAGUCGUACUCUGAAGAGGAAAGUAGGCGUGUUCGCCGCAAUAAAAGAAGCAAAAGCAGUGAAGGAGCAGAUGGUCCUGUUAAAAACAAGAAAAAGGGAAAGAAGGCAGGACCUCCUGGACCCAAUGGCCCCCCAGGACCUCCAGGACCUCCUGGACCCCAAGGACCCCCAGGGAUUCCAGGGAUUCCUGGGAUUCCAGGAACAACUGUUAUGGGACCACCCGGCCCUCCAGGUCCUCCUGGUCCUCAAGGACCCCCUGGCCUCCAAGGACCUUCUGGUGCUGCUGAUAAAGCUGGAACUCGAGAAAACCAGCCAGCCGUGGUGCAUCUACAGGGCCAAGGGUCAGCAAUCCAAGUCAAGAAUGAUCUUUCAGGUGGAGUACUCAAUGACUGGUCUCGCAUCACCAUGAACCCCAAGGUGUUUAAGCUACACCCCCGCAGUGGGGAGUUGGAGGUACUGGUGGACGGCACCUACUUCAUCUAUAGUCAGGUAGAAGUAUACUACAUCAACUUCACUGACUUUGCCAGCUAUGAGGUGGUGGUGGACGAGAAACCCUUCCUGCAGUGCACCCGCAGUAUUGAGACAGGCAAAACCAACUACAACACUUGUUAUACAGCAGGUGUCUGCCUCCUCAAAGCCCGGCAGAAGAUCGCCGUGAAGAUGGUGCACGCUGACAUCUCUAUCAACAUGAGCAAGCACACCACCUUCUUCGGGGCCAUCAGGCUGGGCGAGGCCCCUGCAUCCUAGAUCCCUCCAACCUCGUUUUGCCCCUGCCCAUGCCCCUACCCCAGGUUAGGGAGCUAGGACUCCCAGAACCUCCUAAGUGCUGCUGUGGAAUGAGGUAUGUGGGUGUCACAGCCGCAGAGAAAAAUUUCCCAGUGCUAUUUAUUCCCCAGUAAUUCCAAGAUGACAAGGCCAACUUGACUUUCCAUAUUGACCAGGAGUGAACAGGACAGUUGAUGAAGCCUCAGGGUUGGCAUGAAGCAGAACCUUCCUCCUUGGCUCCCCACUGACUGCCUCUGUUGCACUAAAGUGAGGGGCUUGGGCAGCAGGCGAGAAGUAGCAACAGUACAGCCCAAAUUGUGGGGCAAGCCUUUGACCUCGAAGGGUGCGUGUGGGGACAGGGUUGGGGUGGGAUGGUAACAUUGCAGCCUAAGGAGAGGGGCAAGGAGGGAAAUGCAGGUGGUUGUUGCAGAAACCAGGGGAGAAGCCUGCCAGAUGUUUUCCCACUCUUGCUGAUCCAUGUGCCAGCAGUUGGCAGGGCUUUGGGGAGAGAAGAUUUGCAUUUCCCUGAAGUAAUUGCAGGGCAUGGCCAUACACCUGCCUGUAUAAGAACCAGAGGCCAUGCUUGGGGCCACAUGUCUUUUUACAGCUGUGUUCCAAGCUCAGAAAACUCCCCGGGUCCCUGCACAAUUAUCCCUUUCCCAGCCUGGUGAGAACUCCCAUUUUUUUCCUCUCCAGAGCCUACCUCUGUCUGAGACUGGUGCCUAUCCCGGGACCUGUGUUUGUGUGAGUCUGAGAUACUCUUUAGAUUACCUGGGCACAAAGGAAGUUGUCCAUGUAUUAAGCAGCACAAAUAUUCAUCUAGUCGAGCUAUGUCUGGGGGCAAAGAGUUGAACUGGAUGACCUCCAAAAGUGCCUUCAAAUUAUAGUAUCUAGGCAGCUGCCAUGCUAGCCUACUAAAAUUCCCAAACCUUAGACUGACCCUGGGCAUCAGCAAGGCAGAGCUUUUCUAUCAGACCCAGAAAGGGUAAGAGCUGGGGAUGGGACAGGAUUUUCUUCAAGUGUAUUGCAAUCCAAGUGGUCAUUAGCGCAGACCUUAUCUGAAAGGACAACUGAUGCCCUACUAACCACAUACCACCCCCUUUCUUCUCUCUGGCUCCAGAAAACCACAGCACAAAAGAGUCUCCAUAGAUUCCAGUGCUGCUUCCUUGAAUCCAGACUCAAGAGGAGGCAGUGUCUAGGCAAUGGGCAGGCUCUUUAGUCAGGCCCAAAGACACCUUUCCCCCACCCUCAAGCUUCCCAUCGAAUCAUAUGAUAGGAUCAUUCAAGGGUCUUAUUUCUAACUGUCUGGGCCCAGUCUGGUUGCUGGGUCUGUAGCCCAAAGCUGAGACAGCCAGUCUUGUAGAAUCUGCUACUUUUACUCCUAGAACAAAUUUCCUUUUGCAGAGAGAGGGAGUAAGGUCCUUCAGACAGCUGAAAUCCACCAAGAACAACAGGUACUCAUUUCCCUGCUGUGCCUUCCUUUUCCAAGAAACUAUGCUGCUUGGCCCUUCAAGGAUCAGAGCAAGAGGGAGUUAGGUAUUCCACCAUUAUCUGGCUGCUAAUGAUAGCCUUCCCACCCCAGAUGAGGCAAGCUUGAGGCAUGUGUUUGACCCCAGAUCCUAUAAAGUGCCUUAGACAGUCCUCAGUUAGCAGAAUCUGAUGAGAACCUCUCCUUAAAGUUUGUAUUUUCUCUUUCUCCAUUGAUAAUAUUACCAACCCCAUCAUUUAGACGAGGCUCAGAGUUUGAGUGCUUUGAGCAGGAUCUCACCCAACUUAAGUCAUACCUGGGGCUUUCAACCAGGUCUGACUGUGAAGCUCUUCUGUUCUUCCCCAGCAUUGUUUUGAAUUUGGAAUCCAAGAAAGAACCAAUCAAAAUGGUAAUAUGGACCCCAAAUCCUUGAGGGACCUAGGGAGAAACCCAGAGAGGCUCAUUUUCAUUCCUUGAUGGUAAUGCCUUUUCUUUUGACUGCCAAAGGCUCUGGGACAAAAGAGUAGGCCAUUUCUUUGGGAAACUCCCAUCAGCCUUAGAGCUUUUGUGUUCAGAAGAAUCGUCUUGAUAGCAUGCCCAAGCAGCAGGCCUCCAGUACCCACAGAACAGAUACCCCUUGUGUUCUUUCAUCCAAUGAAAGAACCAACCAAUGAACCAACCAUUGUGCAUGGAGCCCCUCCUGUGGACAAGGGCUUCCUCUGGUUACCCUUCAGACAAGUUACAGGAGCUGGUCACUUCCCACAGCUACAGAGUGACUCCUUAUCUCUUUCUGCCAUACCACAGAGACCUCUGUAUUACCAGGAUCUCUCAGGGAUGCAAAGACAACCCAAGAGAGGUCUGGAUCUAAAGUCAAAAGGGUGUGAGACGAGGGCACUAAUUGUGCCACUAAAGGGCAUUCUGACACCAACCCUCUUCUCCAGGUAUGGAGGGGAUUAGAGGGAAAAUAGGAUUCACACAGGACCCUUAUUCAUUGUGACCCUUCAAAUGCAACUCUGGAGGGAGAGGGGUAAUGAGGGAAGCAAGAGGUAGCUGGGGAGCCCUGUUGCUGCAAAGUUAUUGAAGUCAUUUACCCUUAAGAGAAUGUGGAGCUAGAUUCACCCCCUUGGAAUUACACCAACAUGGCUUUAGAAAGCUGAGGCUAGCACAGAGGAUGGGAUGAGGACGUUUGUGAGCAAGUAGAUGACAGAGGUUUGAAGGAGAAUUGCAUGGUGGGGGCUUUGCCAGCUGCUCCGGCUCCAACAGCCAAAGCUGGCACAAAAGGCAGCUGUUGGGAACCCCCUUCAUCCAUCCUGAGCCAAAUUUCUUUUGAUGAGCAGUAAAGGGCUAGGAACCCUGAAGGUGAACUAAGAGUUUGAGCCAUGUGUGAAUAUGUGUGUUUUAUGUAUCUUCUGGUGGAUGCAAAUAGAUUCAGAGAAAUUAAGAACUCGAGAGACCCUUAGAAGUAAUCUAGCCCAACCUACCUUCUACCCUACUCAUGUGGAAACUGAGGUCCAGAGAGGGAAGGCGACCUUCCUGAGGUAAGGGGCCCCAACCUCCAGACUCAGCAAGGUGAGGGAGGCACAGUCUGUGUCCCACACAGCCCCCUUCUUUCUGCAACCCACAGACUCAAGGCUGGAAGUGCUUGGCCCCCUUCCGGAGCCUGGUCAGGCAGGGAAUGCAUGGCCACGGCCUUUGUUAGAGUGCUUCCUUCCCCAAGGCGCUUCCCCCAGCUUCUGCCUCAGGAUGGAAGCCUCUGGACAGGCCCAAAUGCAGGGAGUCCUGGGGCCACCUCAGGACCCACCCCUGCCUGAAGUCUUCCCUAGGCCGUGUGAGCACAAAAAAGGAACUGGAUUUUUUCCUUGUAAUCCAUUUUAGGGUCUCUCUCCAAGUGGAGUUGGGAUAUGUCAUUUCUUCAGUCAAAAAGCUUCCAGCUGGGACAGGGGAAGGGCUACACGGUGAGGAUGGCCUGGAGUAGGCCCAAUGCUGCUUUGGGGAUCAGCAUCCAGUGUGAGAUACUGUGUAUAUAAACUAUACAUAAUGUAUAUAAACCGGGAUGUAAGUUUGUAUAAAUUAAUGGUUUAUUCUUUGCAAAUAAAGCUUUUUCCCCUUGUUC